AUGACAGUCAAGUCAUCUGUGCGAUCUCUACUAGCCAAGGUCACAGGGCCCAGGCGACUUCAUGUUACAAUCAAACCAGAUCAAGAUUAUGUUUUUCUUAGCGGCCACGGCGCUGAAGCCCAAGGACAGUAUCUUCGAGGCCAUGUCACUUUGUUCGUCCCAGAAGGACAACAUACACAAGGCGUACAACUCAAGUUUACGAGUAGAAUGUGGCUUGGGGAUCACACAGCACCUACGGAGAAUACGGUCAAAUGGCGACACAAGGAAGAAACAAUCCAUAAUUGGCAUCCUUUCCAUGUGUUCGACCAAGUAGGAAAGCCAGUUCCAAACGGCAAACAAUACGAAUGGCCAUUUGAUCUCUUCGUUCGAGGUGACCAAGAAGAGACCUUCAAAGGUUGCACUCGUUGCAGCAUCACCUACCUCCUUGAAGCGUCAACCAUCCAUUUGGACUCUUCAAAAGAUGCCCGAUCUUUUGCUCCAAUUCGAAUCAUUCGAACACCAGCCUUUUCUUCAUACGAGCUCAUGGAUCCUGCUUCAGCACAUGGAAAGUGGUCAACAAGAGCAGAGUACAACGUCUCGGUUCGACAUCGAGCAAUAGCAUUGGGUGGCCUGAUUCCCAUCGAAGCUCAAGUUGCACAACUGUGUUCGAACAAGGUUUCUAAAGCACGAUUUUACUUGCGAGAAACACACACUGUUGAGGCCACAUCGAUUUCAGGCAGUACGGCCUAUGAAGGGCAGCGCGUUGUCACGGAAUGGCCUCUACCUUUGCAACAGACAGGACAAUCACAAUCUUGGCAGCAAUGCUUACAUCUUCCACUGGCCAUGAGAAACUGCUCCCCGGACGUGUCUAUGUCCGGUAUAACAAUCAGUCACACUUUACAUUUCGAAGUUACAACUGUCACAGAUGGUGUUACAACAGAGGAUGAUGUUUCUGUACCGAUAUACCUAUUCAUUUCGCCGGAGUUGCCCGUCAACGGCUGGGGCAUCUUCGUGAGACAAAACGACAUCACAUCGAAAGAUGUCAAGGAUCGAUUGGCUGAAGGUCUAAGAGUUCCGCCACGAUAUUGCAGGGAAGACUUUGGCGUGGAAGGAUAUGCAAUGCCUGUUGGUACACCGCCGCCGGCAUAUAGUGAAUGGUAA